UGAGCCCAGAGUUUCAUCCUGUCAAUCAGCUGGAGUUUGAUGUCAUUAUCGGAGCUGGUGGGCGCAGGAACACCUUGCCAGGGUUCAGGCGUAAAUAGUUCAGAGGGAAGUUGGCCAUCGCCAUCACAGCCAACUUUAAGAACAGAAACACCACAGCUGAGGCCAAAGUGGAGGAGAUCAGUGGGGUGGCGUUCAUCUUCAACCAGAGGUUCUUCCAGGAACUACGACAUGAAACUGGGAUUGACCUGGAGAACAUUAUGUACUAUGAAGACAACACUCACUACUUUGUGAUGACGGCCAAGAAACAGAGUCUGUUGGAGAAAGGAGUCAUCCUACAGGACUUUGUGAACACCGAGCAGCUCCUCUCUGAGGUCAAUGUUGACCAGAAUGCAUUGCAGGCGUAUGCCCAUGAAGCCGCAAACUUCUGCACCAGCUACCAGCUGCCAUCUCUAGACUUUGCCAUGAAUCACUACGGGCAUCCGGAUGUCGCCAUGUUUGACUUCACCUGCAUGUACGCGUCUGUGAACACCGCCAUGGUCCACCAACACCACAGACACCAGCUGCUGGUCACACUGCCCUUCUGGCCAUUGGGAACAGGAGUCGCUUGAGGGUUUCUGGCAGCUCUGGACUCAGCCUGGAUGGUCAAGAGCUGGGCUCGAGGAGCAGCUCCUCUGGACGUCCUGGCUGAGAGAGAGAGUUUGUACCGUCUCCUCCCUCAGACGACUCCAGAGAACAUGCAGAAGAACAUCAGUCUGUUCUCUGUCGACCCAGCAAGCAGAUAUCUGAACAUCAGCCCUCUGAGCAUCACACCCGCUCAGGUGAGACACCUGGUGGACACCGGUGAGGAGGUGGGGCUAGACUGUGGUGACAUCAUCCGCCUGCCUUCACCCAGAUUCCUUCAACAAGUCAUUCUCUCAGUCCAAUCAGCUGCUGGCAUGGUGCGCGGAGCAGACCUGUGGUUACAGUGGCGUUGUCGUGAGCAACCUGACGUCCUCCUGGAAGAGUGGUCUCGCUCUGUGCGCCCUGAUCCACCAAUACAGACCGGAUCUCAUAGACUUUGACUCCCUGGACGAGUCCUUGGUGGAAGACGACACUUGUCUGGGCUUCGACGUGGCUGAGCGAGAGUUUGGCAUUUCACCUGUGAUGACGGUGGAGGGGAUGUCAAGUGAAGGGGACCCAGACGCUCUGUCUAUGGUCAUGUACCUAAGUCAGUUCUACCAGCUGUUCAAAGAUUCGCUGCACCCGCCAGGCUCUUUGUGUCAGAGCGUUGACCUGAGAGCAGCCCUCAUCACGCCGGCCGCCCUCCUCAGCAGACUGGGACACAGCCUGUCCAGGAAGACAAACCCAAAGUCAUGUGACCUAAGUGGUGACACUGAUGGCCAGGUGUGUGAUGAGGCCUUUGUGGGCGGGUCCAGAAUUCGACUGAUGGCCAGUCAGCUGCAGGCAAAGCUGGCCGAGAGCUCGUCUACCUGCAGGAGUUCUGCUGCUGCAGCUUUACGGCAGCAGUUUGCAGUGGGCUGCAGCGACAUCUGUUUCUUCUGUAAGAAGAAAGUUUAUGUGAUCGCACGUCUGAGUGCUGAGGGCUUGUUUUUCCAUCGCAGUUGUUUCCAGUGUGGUUGCUGCGGCAGUACUCUCAGGCUGGCUGCAUACACCUACGACCAGCACAAGGGGGGGUUUUACUGUGUCCAACACUACGUCUGUCACCUCAAUGCUCCGACAGUGGCAAAGACAUCGACUCCAUCUGCUUCACACCGAACAUCAACAGCAUCUGUGGGUCCACCUCCAUCCCUGACUUCUGCUGACUCUCUGAUCCUGGCUGAUCCCCAUCGCUCCGCAGUGGCUUCUGUGAUGGUGGCAAUGGCCGAGAGGACUGAGCUGGAAAACUACCGACGCAGCUCAAUGAAGGCAGAGACAGAGCUGCUAGAGGAACCAGAGGAGGUCUCUGAGGAGACCCUGGCCCGGUUCAACCUGAACCUGGGCCAGACACACAACCACAGGUCGAGGCCAGAGUCUGACCUGCAAGGGAGUUCAGAUUCAGACAUGGAGGAGGAUGAGGAGGAGAGAGAAGGAGGUCGACACCAGGUGAACUCAGAGGAGAGAGAAGGAGGUCGACACCAGGUGAACUCAGAGGAGGCCAGAGCUUCAUGGAGGGAAACUCUGCAGUUCCACCUCCACUUGAGAGAUGACGAGGAGGAGGAAGAGGAGGGAGAGGUUGAAUUAGGUGAAGAGGAGACAGGCAGUGAGGUGGAGUCCAGUAAUGAGGGGGAGUACAACCCCGGGGAGAUGGAGCGUCACUCAGGCCUGUGGCUCCUGUUAGAGGAAGAGACAGAGGAGGAGUCUUCUCUGCCCACACAUCUUACACCUACUGUUGUUUUAGAAACAGAUCCCCAGACACGUGCCCUCCAACCUGAUGCUGGAGGGCAGGGCCCUGAACUCCUACAGGAAAAACCCCUCGUCUUUCAGGGGUUAGAGAUGGAGUCAAAAGGUGAGGGGGCAUGGGCUGAGGCACAGGGGGUGAGAAGGAGGAGAAAGGAAGAA